AUGGCGUCCAUGGCGGCGGCGAUCGCGGCGUCCCGCACGGCGUCCCUGGGCGGCAACCGGCCGCUGGACGAGCGGGAGCGCAAGCGCUUCAGCUACUUCUCGUCGCUGAGCCCCAUGGCGCGCAAGAUCAUGGCGGAGAAGGAGCGCAUCCGCCAGCGCUACGGGCCCGACUGGGAGCGCCUGCCGCCCGCGCAGCAGGACGACCUCAUCGACCGCGGCCUGGUGGAGCCCCGCGUCCAGGCCCGCUACGCCGCGCACCGCGGCGCCCCCGCCGCCCCCGCCCCCGCCGCCUGCUACCCCAGCCUCCGCCUCCACACCGGCCAGAAGGUGGUGCGCUUCGGCGACGAGGAUAUAACCUGGCAAGAUGAACACUCGGCUCCUUUCUCCUGGGAAACCACGAGUCAGAUGGAGUUCAGUAUUGCUUCUCUGUCGAUACAAGAACCGGGCGGAGCGUCGUCACAGAACGAACAGAAGCAGCCGGUCAAAAUGGCCCCAGGCCCCCAGAUCCCCAAACCUUCCCAAGGUGGUAAAACAAUAAUCUCCGACGGGUUCAUACCAGCCAGGAAAGAGGACGAGGCCUCCUUCUGGAAGAUAAAUGCUGAGCGCUCCAAGUUUGAAGGGGAACAGUCCGAAUUCUGUUCUCUGACCCCUAGCCAGAUCAAAUCCAUGGAGAAAGGAGAGAAGAGCCUCCAGCCUUAUUACAGGCAAGAAUCCGGUCCAAAGGAGGCAUCUAAAGCAGAGAAGCCUAACGUCAUGAAGCCUGAAAAAUUGAUCGCUCCCUUUCUUGCUACUACGUCUGUGGAAUGGGAGAAACCUCAACCUGCCCUGCCUUCAGUUAGUACCAGUCAAGCCCUUCCCGGACCAAAGGAAAAACCAUCAUCUCCUGGGACAAAAAGUGAAGCAGCUGAUAGCGGUUUCCUUUCAGACUUGCAGACACUUGGUCAGAACAAUGCAAGCAAUGUUAUCUUGAAGACGGGAUUUGAUUUUCUAGACAACUGGUAAAGAAGAGCCAAAUAACUUCAAAUCAGUUUUGUGGGGAGAGAGAAGAAGCCUCUCUCUCCUUCUCUUCUUUGUUUUGUUACAGGCUUUUAUGUGUUCUUUAGAAACCAAUUAUAAUUUUCCAGCUCUUUUAAAUGUUGCCUUUGUAUUAACACUUUUUGUAAAAUCAGAUGGAUAUUUGUAUUUUGAAAUGGUCCAGUGUUAGU